GAAUGAUUCGAUCGGUAAUUCUACGCUUCGAUAAAUUUCAAAUUACUGUAACAAAUCACCAUCCAACUAAACGAUAAAUAUAUUUGUUAUGGGGUAGAACUGGUGUUACGUUUGAAUGUAUUAAGCGUCUACCUUAUAAAGAUACUAAAAGACGAUAUCGAUAUAUACCUAAUCAAGUUGCAUACAAGUAGUAAAAUGGAUAUAAACACUGUAUUGUAUAAUCUACAAUCUAUAGAUUGAUUUUGUAAAAUUUUGGUAAUUGCCACUUAUCACCUGUCUGAUUGAGAUUUAGAAACUUAUCAGUAUGUAUCACAGACGAUAGGAUGAAUAACACGAUAGCUUAUCAACCGUAGCACAAUUGUUAUUAUAUAAUUAAUUCCCCUUCCUUGCUCAAUGUAUAUACCCAGAAUUUCCUACUCUACUUUAAAACUACUUUGUAACGUUACCAUUACGCGAAAGCAAACAUGCCAUAAAAUAAAUCGUGUAAGGAGUAGAUGAAGAUGGAAAAUGAAUAAAAAUUUUCUUAUCGCCAAGUUAUUUUAAAUAUCAUUAUUUGUGCUACGUUUAGAGGAAACCAAAGUCGAGGUCUCUUAUACUGCGCGGGGAUAGGAAAGAGAUAAUAGGAGUAGAAGGAAUGAUAAAAGUAGUAUGUAGUCGUUGAUUUUGCUCCUUUCGAGUUUUGUGAAAUGGCAGACUUCGUCAAAAGAGGUAGCGUGCAACUGGUGAAACAAAGCAGUGUUCAAAUAAAACAAGCCGCAAAAGAAGUUCGAGCGGCUGUACGAGCGCGACACAUCGUUGCUGCGCUCGUUGCAGUAGGAUUUGCACUUUGUGGUUCAGUGGAAGUGAGUUCUUCGGUCGCAUUGCUCGCCAAUCAGAAAGACAAUCAUGCCAUCAUCGACACAUCGUGGCAUUGCGAGAUGCUGGUCAACAUCAGUAGUCGUAAUCGUACCGAAGACUUUGAAGUUAUACUCAUGGAGUUACCACCGGAAGAACGUGCAGAAUCCAUAAUGAGGGAAGCGUUCCUAUGGGGUCAGGUGGCUGGUCCAAUUUUAGGGGGGUGUUUAGUAUGGGGCAGAUCAGGCCCAUCUAUGGUGUUUUCGCGUGCAGUUCUUAGUGCUUGUCUGGCGUCUUUAUUGGUACCAGCUGCAUGGAGGGGUCCGUCUCACGUAGCACUUCGUCUCUUUCAGGGAUUAUGCACAGGGGCAACUAUGCCUGCUGCUCACAUGCUUGCUAUGACCUGGUUUAAGAGCACUCAUAGAAGUUGGUACUUCAGUUGCUACGCUGCGGUCAGCGUUGGAUACUGUCUCACAGGAUGGUUAGGUACAGCUGUUGUUCGAUGUCUUGGCCGAGAUUCACUUUGUUAUGGUCUCGUUUGCAUUGCUCUGUGUUGGUACUUCGCUUUUGGUCGAUUUGUCAAAGAUUCGCCGAAAUCUUAUCAGCACGAUACAAAUGCUGCUGUGAUACCAUGGGGAAAAUUACUACGAUCAGUUCCCGUUUGGGCAUCUGCUGUAGCAACAAUGGGAAAUCAAUGGGGCGAUGCAACGCUUGCCCUUGGUAUGACAAAGUAUCUAAAACUUAUUUAUGGAUUCUCAACAGCUAAUGAUUCUGUUCUAACAACGUUACCACACAUUGGUCAUUUCAUGGCUGCGUUAACAUGCGGUCUUCUUGUAGAUCACGUUCGCGAAUCAAAAAUAGUUUCGACAACCACAGCUAGAAAGUUGGUCGUAUAUACCGCUCAUUUUAUUCCCGCUGCCCUACUUUUUGUCGCUGGUUAUGCCGGUUGUCAAGCAUUAGGGGCAGCUUGGUUAGGCAUAGCUGCUCUUCUUGUCUCUGGAACUGCACCAGCAGGUGCUUUAGCAGCUAUAGCAGAUCUUGCACCUGUAGAAUCUCCAGCUUGCGCAGCGGCUGCGUGUGCAUUGUGCUCGACUCUAGGCGCAGCAGGACUGUUGGCUGCCAAUUACUUUGUCACUCAGGCCCUUCAUGGCUCUAUCGCUGGUUCGUGGCGGCUGGUCUUCGGUGUCGCUUCCGUCGUUCUGUUAACAACUGCUGCGGUUUUCUUAGCACUUGGAAAAGGCGUGCCACAACCGUGGAUUCCUUCUGUAGCUCGGCCGCGAAGUCACGAUGCAAUUUACGAGCAAGACGCUUUGGAACUUGAUUACGAGGAUGUUGCUGUGCAGACCGAGCCUUUCAGUCCUUAUCCACUUGAGGAGGACACCGAAAGCGCGAAAAACGUGCCUCGUUCUGCCUCAGUCCACUCGAAAGUUUCCCUGUCAUCUAGUUAAUUUGUUAACCAGAUCAUUUCUCAACCCUUGAACAGCGAAUGUUCCAAGAGUACAGCUGGUCUCUUGGGUUUUGAAUCAAAGCUCUGAUGUAAACACCAUGGAAGAGAACAUUUUAUAUAGAGAUUAGAUGUUAUUAUUUCUCCGAACUACACUUUUUAUUGAUACCGAGGUCUGUGACAUAAUUUAUUCGUCUGAAAGUAUAUGGUAUUUUUUAUUAUAACUCGUUACAACGGAUACAUAAAACAGUUUGGACAGUUUCAGUCCAUGCAAGUGUGAGCAUGGUUUAACUGAUUCUUAAGAGAAAUGAUACAGUGGAUUAGGAGACCUAUAAGUAGAAAAGUUAUGCCGAUUACAAUGAUGUUCUAUAAUUUGAAUUUAUAAUUAAUUAGGAAAAUUAUAAUUAAGAAAUUAUGCCAGUUGGCAUGCUAUAUUCACGGUCAUGUAUGGAGAAUUUGAUAUUUAUUUAGUAUUUUUAAGUGUUUUACGUCCGUACCUAAGGACCUUUCUUGAUUGCAGCUUGUAAACUUGUACAGAAUGUUGAACAACUAUUAGUAAUUUUAAGAUAAAUGUUACUAAGAAAUGUAUAUAGCAUGUAAACAAGUUGUAUAUUUUUUAAGUUACUUGGAAUUAUGGAUUAAUGUUAUUAAGAUUUGUAACGUUUGAUGAAAUAGGAAUAUAAUUUACCGUUAAUGACA